ACUUAUCUUUAUCUUCCAUAGCAAUAACUUCUACUAAACUCAAAUCCUUCUAUCAACUUCCACAAAUCAUCACUCAAGAUGGGUUUUAAGGGCGUUGGUACCUACGAGAUCGUGCCAUACCAGGCUCCAUCCCUCAACCUUAAUGCCUGGGAUGGCAAACUCGAGCCAGGGGCAGUGGUUAGAACAUAGUGAGUCUACUCGAAACCCGCAUUGACACAUUACAAAUGACAGUCACUGAUGCCGCCGUGAAUUUCAAAGUACUCGUGGCGAUAAACCAAGCGAUAAUGCUAAGUGGCAGUUAGCACUCGUUGCUGGGUCUGGGGAGAGCGCCGAGUAUCUGAUCAUCAACGUUCACAGUGGCUAUUUCCUCACCGCUACCAGUUAGUAUUUCCAUACUUGUUAAGAUUCGAUUCACAUGCUAAUUCGAAUCCUUAGAGGAAAACCACAUUGUGUCCACCCCUCAAAUCUCCCCGACUGAUCCCUCUGCCCGCUGGAUCAUCAAGGCGGCCACUACACACCAGUACGAGGUCUUCACGUGAGUGUUGUUCUUUUAUACUCUCCAUGGACAAACUCAAGAAUAAAGUUUUCUGAUAUUUAAAUUUUAGUAUCAACAACAAGGUGUCCGAUUUCGGUCAGCUUACCGUGAAGGACUAUUCUACCCACAGUGGAGCUGAUGUCCUCGCUGCCAGUGCGCAGAAUGCCGAUAACCAGAAGUGGUACUUUGACGCCAAGUAGAUGAUUGCGAAUGCCGAUCAUUUGGUCAAUGGUACCCGGACUUCGCAUUGCCGAAGUUCAGUUACUCAUUUGAUAGCCGUAUACAGAUCUAAGUAGCAAAUGGAAUGGGAACAGUCUUUAUAA